AUGUCAAGCGAGCCGCUCCAACGAUUCUUCGUCUAUGCUCCAGACAAAACAGAGGAUGGAACCUUUGAGAAACGGUUAUCUGUGAGGCCCGAGCAUGUCGAGAUGGCUAAGAAGAAUAUCGCCGAUGGUGUCAUUCGCGUCGGAGGAUUCCUGCUUACACCAGAGUCCAUCGCCACACCUGAUGCACCGAAGAAGAUGGUAGGAUCGACGUUCAUCGUCGAGGCCGCGAAUAUAGACGAGGUCCGGAAGCUGGUAGAGGGAGACAUAUACUACAAGUCGGGAGUGUGGGAUGCAGAGCGAAUUGUCAUUCUACCCUUCGUCGCUGCGACGACGAUCCCUUGA